AUGGCGUCAGGCCGGAAUCCCCGUGCCGAACCCUCGGAGCAUUCAGACGUACGCGUGCCGCUUAUUCAACCGCCCGUAAACCCUCUUAGGAAUGGCACUUCGACCAAUAGCAUUGCGCCAAUUCCUUCCUGCUUGCCGCGCCUCGCGCCACCGAGGAAAGAAAACGAUCCUCCCUCGGCGGAUGAGGGUGAGAUCGUUGGCCCGCAUUCGCCGCGCGCGGGGUUGAAACGGUCGCUUACCGUCGCCGACGGCGUCAGCAUGGUGCUGGGAGUGGUGGUGGGCAGCGGCAUAUUCGCCACGCCAGUCGUUGUCCUGUUGCUGACUGGUGGUGCUUCUCUAACACCCAUCCUUCUCUCCUCCCCUGUUUUCGACCUCCCAAGAAGCAUGGUGCUGGGAGUGGUGGUGGGCAGCAGCAUAUUUGCCACGCCAGGUGUCCAUGGUGCUGGGAGUGGUGGUGGGCAGCGGCAUAUUCGCCACGCCAGGUGUCGUCCUGCUGGACUCAAGCGGGUCGCCGCUGCUGGCGCUGCUGCUGUGGCUGCUGGCAGGGAUCGUGGGUUAUGCGUGCUGUGA